AUGUCCUACAAAUUUGAUAGAUGCCGCGUCGCGCGGGAUGCUGCGUGCUAUGGUCCGGUACGCCUAAUCGCGCGAAGAGACGCUGCGCAACAGUGGCAUAUUGGAGUCGCCGCUCACCGAAGCCGAACAGCGAGUUGGCGCUGGUCCGCGACGAGUGUCGCUUCCCAGCGCGCACCCCGGCCACCCCUGUGCGCCGCCCGUUCGCAGCCGUGGGUUCUCGCUGCCUCUGUACCGGUGGCGCACUCCUACGCGACGACGAUGGCCGCUCCUACGGUCCAAGCGCAGCCCCUCAGUGCCCCUGCAGCCCCAAAGAAGUCAAUAUAUCCGCCCAUCUUGAUCGAGUGCCUCCCCAAUUAUGUUCAUCAUCUGGGGAGGAUCAGCCAGCUGUUAGGACGUCCCGCCAACGCCAGAGCAUACGGUAAGGGCUACCGUAUAUCGCCUGAUGCCGAAGAAUACCGGGUGGUCCAGCGCUACCUCUUGGACCUGGAGAAGGAGGACCGCCGAAUCUCCUAG